AUGGGACUCCAGGAUUUGAGAUCUUUGCAGCUGCUGUACCUCUUAGAGGCCACCUCUUUAUUGCCUUGGACUGAAGCUCUUUUGUGCUAUGAGGCGACAGCUUCAGCCUUCAGAGCUGUGACCUUGCAUAACUGGAAUUGGCUUCUGUUGAGGAGUAUGGUGUGUAAGCUGAAAGAAGGCUGCGAGGAGACGAUAGUGUAUAUUGAGACAGGGACCAGUAGGGGAAUUGUGAGUUUUAAAGGCUGCACCUCAGCCUUAUCUUACCCUCCACAAAUCUCCUACCUCGUGUCUCCACCCGGAGUGUCCGUGGCCUCCUACAGUCGUGUCUGCAGGUCCUAUCUCUGCAACAAUAUAACCAACUUGGAGCCUUUUGUGAGACUCAAGGCUGGUGAACCUAAGUACACAGCACCUUCUGCCAAAUAUUGUCCAACCUGUGUGGGAAGGCACGACCAGGAAUGUCUUCCAAAUUUUGUCACCACUGAGGCCUGUCCCUUCGCUGCUUCUUCAUGUUACAGUUCCACCUUAAAAUUUCAGGCAGGGAAUCUCAAUACUACUUUCCUCAUAAUGGGCUGUGCUCGUGAUUCAGACAAGCUUUUAGCAAAUUUUCAGCAUAUUGGGAGCAUCAGAGUGACUGAGGUUGUCAACAUCUUAGAAAAGUCCGAGGCUGCUGGUGCAGGGCACUGUAGUCAAGGUCCUCCUUGGAGCAUCCUCUUAGGCCCUCUGCUUAUCUUCAGAGACUGA